AAGGCUGUCACGCGACGGCGGGUUAAUCUUCAAUGACUUGAUAAAAAGUAAAUACCAACGUACCAUUCGUCGUUCUAAACUUGGUGUGAAUAUUAUCCAUCAUUGAAAAAUAUAAAUUGAUUGUAGAAGUGGGGUUAGCCGUUUCUCUUUUUACUCGUCGUGCUUGUAUGUGACGUCACCGCUUUGAACAGAAUGCACUUGCAGACCUACCUUGAGUGUAAACAGAAAAUGUGCUGGUUGCGAAGGUCUGUAUGGAAACAGAGUGUUGUCGGAAGUUUACACCUGCAGACUAUUAUUCGAAAUUAAAUUUUGGAAAGACGGUGGAAACUAUUUGUGUUGUAAAUGUGUCAGUUGUCUGGUUUGGAUAACGACGGCCUCGUCGAAUAACGACGAGUUGCUAAUUUUGUGCCGGAUUUAAUACUGUGUUAUCAAAAAUCGUGCAGCAACAUCAACAUGCUUCUGGAAGAGGGUAACAGUGUCACCUUAUCUUCAACUUCAGACGAAAAGCUUGCUGUAGUUCCAGCUGUUCCCGUUCGGAAUUACUUCGUCACUAAUCUCUUUUCUUGUCGUAAGAAAGCAAAUGGGGUCAUGAAAACCGGCCCUGUGGGUUCAAACUCCAGGUCGCCCACCCCUUCCCCCAUGGAGGGCAAACACAGUCGGUUUGCCAUGCUCGGCAGACUCUUCAAGCCCUGGAAAUGGAAGCGGAAGAAAAAGAGCGACAAAUUUGAACAGACGUCCAGAACUCUUGAAAGAAAAAUAUCAAUGCGUUCUACCAAAGAUGAGCUUAUUAAAAAGGGCGUUCUUUUGCCAGAUGGUUCUGAUAAAGAUCAAGAUGGCAAACUGAAUGAUUCCGCACAUCUGAAUCACAUUCCUCAGAUCAACGGAUAUAUUUCUGAUAGUGGUAUUUCCGAGAGUGAGAAGCAGCGUGGUGUACAGAAUUCGUUCUGUUCUCCUUCAUCAUGUCUGGACUCUUAUAACACCAUUGUUGUUACUAGCUCUAGUGGAUCUACUAUCCUCACUUCAGCAUCUCACAAUAAUGCCAUGCCUGUGAUACAUAAUGUUUCCUUGUUGAACCUUCCAGAUGUUGAAGAGGUGCCUUCGCAUGAUGGGGAAACGAUACUUUCAGUUCUUCCAGAACCUCCAAUCUCUGUAAACGACAUUGGACUGAUCCCACCUCCUCCAAUGUUCUCAAAUCCUUCACCUCCCAUCAUUUCUAAAUUUCAUUCUCAGUCAGAUCCAUCUGAAGAUCAAAGUGAUCUUGAAGAUGUGGAUUCUUCAGAUGUCGAUUCUCAAAGCCCAUGUAUAGUUUAUGUCGGUCAACACGAUCCUCCCACUGCUUCUAAUGUGGAGGAGAUCCCUGCCAAAGAACCUCAUCCAAUGAAUGCAAUGCCUAAAAAGAGUGCUUUGAAAAAGAAAGGUCCUUUUACUUGUGCUGAUUUUCAAAGGCUCUCUAUUGUCCAUAGAUUGAAAAAGGGAAAUUCAUCUGGUGAUGGAAAAGAAAACCGUCCAGUUCCAUCAAUAUCCGUUAGCACGUCGGAUGACUCGGAUUCAGAAUCUGAUAGUCCAAUAUUAUGGAAAGAUUAUUAUGGAGAUGAUGAAGAAUUCAGGAGAGUGGCUAAAGUAGCUCGUAAAGAUUCCUUAGCUUUGAAACUUGCUCAACGCCCAGACAUCCAAGAGCUAAUAGAUAAAAAUAUUUACAUUGCUCAUUCCGAGCAAGAAAGUCAUGAAACGAAGGAGGAUGUAAAGAAAAAGUUGACAAGGAGGCUGAGUUUAAGGCCGACUCCUGAGGAGCUUGAACAGAGGAACAUUUUAAAAUAUCAAUCAGAUGAAGAAUUGCAAAAAGAAAAAGAACAAAAAAAGAAAACUUUAAUAAGAAAGCUGAGCUUUCGUCCCACAAUUGAAGAAUUGAAAGAGAGAAAAAUUAUACGUUUCAAUGAUUAUGUUGAAGUGACUCAAGCCCAAGAUUAUGAUAGAAGAGCUGAUAAGCCAUGGACAAGACUUACACAAAGAGAUAAAGCAGCUAUCAGGAAGGAAUUGAAUGAGUUCAAAAGCAUGGAGAUGGAAGUUCAUGAAGAUAGUAGGCAUCUUACUCGUUUUUAUCAAGAUUGCCGUAAAUAAAUUGAAUUGGACCAACCUACCCCAAAUUUCAUCGGCCAUGAAAUAAAUUCUGGUGUGACAUGGUAAAAUUGAGUUUAGAGUGCAUUGAAGACUCAACACCAAAUAGUUCCUCCUCUUGCUGUUAUGUCUGUGUCUUGUGUAACCGCUGGUUGAGCCUUGUAGAUUUUUGAAAAUCAUUCUCCAGUCAAAUUUUGUACAUCAGAACUAUGGUAGAAUUGUGCUUGUAAAGUGUGUCAAGUUCUGUUUGUAAAAUAUUUUCUGAAAAGGCUUUUAUUGUACUUCAUCAAUCUGACUAAAAUCUUUUUGUGGGCUUUAAGUGAAAGCAUAUGCCUGCUGUUUAGAUUAAUUUGAAGUUUUAUUGAGCUUUCAUAGUCUAGACAACUGUUUUUAGACAGAUUUAAAAAGUUUAUAAUAUUUUUGAUGAAAUUUUAAAAUGUUUUUAAUGUAAAAUCUACAUAUAGUUUGUUCUUGAUCAUAUUUGUAUGAGCACUUAAGGUUUCAUUUUAAAAUUUCGCCUUGUGCUGUUACUCUGUCUGUUGUACAGUAUUUGUGAAACAAAUGAUCUGGGAUCUAGUUUUGCUGACUUUUUGUAAAUACAAGCAUUCCUCAGUCAACCUUAAUACAUAAGUACAGUGUGUUUGGUGCUUUUUAUAUAUAUUUUCAAUUGCAUUUCAAGCACCAUUGUUAUGUAUAUCAUUGUGUACAUAGAUCAUUUAAAUGUUAGUUUUUUAAAUGCACCAUGCCUGUUAGCUGUAAAAAUAAAUUGAAAUCUUUUUAGCACCUGUUAUUAUCAGUGCUCAUUACUUCAUUAUUGUUAUCAUUUUAAAUAGACGAACAGGUCCAGGGCUAUUCCACGGAAAAGCAGCAUUUUGUAACUCACUUGCCAGCUAAUAAAUUUAAUUGAAAAAUGAUUUUCAAAAUUGAUGAACAAAAUAUUUUGCUCAAGAACUCGCACAUUUAUGGUUUCUUAAGCACCAAAAUUUUGUUCCUUACCUUUUAAAAUUAUUUUUUAUAGAAAAAUAUUAGCUGUGUCGCAUGCAGGAAAAAAAGGUCUGCCGCUUUUUCAUGUAAUGGCCCUGUUUUGUCUGUGCAAGUAAUAGACUUUAUGUAGUAGUUCAGUAUUAAAAGUUAUAAAUACGUGACUGUGAUACGCUAAUUUUUCAGAUUAAGCCAUCUCAAAUUCUUUCUUCACAUUGUACAUAUUGAACUACAUACGUAAUAUAUCUUUCAUACUUUAGUUCCUGUUGAAUACAGUUGUGCAGAGAACAAUUAUGAAACUGCGGCGUUUAAAACUAUGUGAAUACUUUAUAUAUGUAUAAAUAAAUGAUUUACAUAUUUGUAUGUUUGUAAAACAAAUUCAUUAAAAAUAUAAUUUUAAAUAAGAUGCAUUUGACUCAUGCUGCUUAGAGUUUAGUCACUCUCAUGUACAUCAAUGUAUAAAUCAUUCAUAAGCAAUAAAAAGGAAAAUUCAUUCAAAUUU